AUGACGUACCACGCCUUGCGCCGGGACCCGGACACACAAACGGUAGAACUGGACGAUGAAUAUCUCGAUACGAUAAGUUUUCAAGGUCGCGAGUAUCAGAAGUACUCAGUCAAUCACCGCAUAUCCUUUGGGCCUGUGGAUGAUGAAGAAGCAGAUCGUCUCGAGCUGCAGCAUCGUGUUUUUCAGAAGGUUUUCGACAAUCGACUAAUAUUCCCACCUAUCCGAGAACCUCAAAGAGUUUUGGAUUGCGGGUAUGGUGCUGGUACAUGGGCUAUUGAAGUUGCUGAGCAGUACCCAGACUGCGAGGUAAUCGGUAUCGAUAUAUCACCACAUAUGAAGCCUGAUGAUACACCGGAAAAUUUGUGGCUGCAGGUUGAUGAUUUGAACCGACCGUUCACCUUCCCUUCCAAUUAUUUCGAAUUCGUUCACUCGCGGCUCCUGUCAACAGGCCUAAAUCGAUCCAGGUGGCCAGGCUAUAUUCGAGAUAUUAAAAGGGUUUUGAAGCCAGGAGGCUGGGUACAAUUAGUUGAGCUGUACUUCAAUGUUCAAUCGGACAAUGGUUCGAUCACCGAACAGCAUGCCUUGAGACAAUGGAGCACACGAUUUAUGGGCGCCUUCCAGGACAGUAAAGACCUUCGUGUGGUGACACGACUGAGAGAUCUUUUGAUGGCAGCUGGGCUAGUCGAGGUGGAUGUGAAAAUGAUCCCACUCCCUCUUUGCCCAUGGUCUAAUGACCCGAGGAUGCGUGAUAUUGGCUUGGCCAACCGCGAAAACAUCCAACAGCUUCUUCCAGCUCUUGGGCUCUACCCGCUUACCCAGCGUCUGCACAUGCCCCAUGAGCAGUUCAAGGAUUUGACGGAUAGAGCUCGACGAGAGGCAAACACGCCUGGUCUUAAGGCGUAUUUUCCCUUGUAG